GAAAAGUUUAUGAGUCCAUUUCUUCUUUUAUCUCUAGAUCAGCAGCACGACCGGAUUAAACUUCUCCAAGCCAUUCACCACAACAGGUUGCACAUUAUCCAGGUGAACUCUAACGAAGAACCCAAAGCUACCAGCUAUCUACGUCACCUACCUAGCAAGCCUAGGUAUAAUACCAGCUGUUCGUUCUAGAACUAGAACCAGAAGAGUCGACCAAACCUCCAGCGGGUCUUCAGUGGAAUUGGUGGUUUUGUCUCUGUUCAUCAUCCAUUCAUCACUUUCUUUUUCAGCGCCAUGCCGAACUACCCAGCGCCUCUUCGCUUCCCCGCUGCGGGCCGCCACACGGCAACCGUCAUUUUUAUCCACGGACUUGGGGAUAGUGGUCAUGGCUGGGCACCGGCCGUCGAGAACUGGAGGCGGCGCCAGAAGCUUGACGAGGUCAAGUUCAUACUGCCUCACGCUCCAACCAUUCCCGUCACGUGCAAUAUGGGAAUGAGGAUGCCCGGUUGGUAUGACAUAAAAAGCAUUGAUGGCACUCCCGAGUCCCUCCGCAAGGACGAGGACGAGGAGGGUAUUCUGCUCAGCCAAAAGUACUUUCAUGAACUGAUCCAGCAAGAAAUCGACGCGGGCAUCCCGUCGGAGCGCAUCGUGCUGGGCGGAUUUUCACAGGGCGGCGUCAUGUCCAUCUUUUCCGGCCUGACGGCCAAGGUCAAGCUCGCCGCCAUUGUGGCAAUGUCUGCAUACGUCCCUCUGUCGCUCAAGUUCAAGGAGCUAGUCGCUAGCUGUGAAGCGAACAAGGCGACUCCGAUCUGGAUGGGGCACGGCACUACUGAUCUUGUGGUGCCGACUGUUUUGGGUAUGAUGUCCGAGGCUCUACUCAAGGAUGAGGGCUACCAGGUCUCGAUGAAGCUAUACCCAGGCAUGGGUCACUCCGCUUGUCCCGAGGAGCUUGACGAGGUCGAGGCGUUUCUGCGAAAGAGCCUUCCCCCCUUGGGAAACACAGGCUCGGGAGGUAAAGAUGAACUAUGAAUACAUGGCAGAGCCUCAAAGAACGGACAAAAACUGUAAAGCCUCACUUGGCCAGAAAUAUAAGCCGAGUCUAGUCGAUGUAAAAAUGGCUUGAUAGAUGAGCUGGCUCUAAUCCAGGUAAUCUCAUAAUCUCAUGUGUUUUCGCGUUCAGCUAGACGAAGAAGUAUAUCAAGUAUACCACACAGCAUGACG